AUUGGGGCCGUCCCUCCAGACACAUAAAGGAAGUGAAAGUGGAGUAAACUUCUACAGUCAACAGAGUGGAGCGCAGGAGGAAAGAUGGGUUACUUUCCGGAGUUUUCCGUCGAGACCUGGACCUUAAUAACUAUCGUCAUUGUUCUCAUCGCAAUAUAUGGAUAUGCUCCAUAUGGCUUUUUCAAGAAAAUAGGCAUCCGUGGACCCAAACCCUUGCCCUUUAUUGGGACAUUUUUGGAGUACAGAAAGGGCAUCCACAAUUUUGACACGGAAUGCUUUCAGAAAUAUGGAAGAGUGUGGGGGUUGUUCGAUGGCAGGCAGCCUCUCCUGGCUGUAAUGGACACAGCUAUGAUCAAAACGAUCUUGGUUAAGGAGUGUUAUUCUGUCUUCACCAAUAGACGGGAUUUCGGCCUAAAUGGACCCUUGCACGAUGCUGUAUCAGUAGUAGAAGACGAGGAAUGGAAGAGGAUUCGCAGUGUGCUCUCACCCUCAUUCACCAGUGGCCGACUGAAAGAGAUGUACACAAUAAUGCUGAAGCACUCAAGUAAUCUAAUCAAGAGUCUUAACAAGCAAGUAGAAGCAGAUGCUGUCAUAGAGGUUAAAGAAGUAUUUGGACCUUAUAGUAUGGAUGUUGUGACCAGCACUGCUUUCAGUGUGGACAUUGAUUCCAUCAACCAUCCCUCUGAUCCUUUUGUAGCAAACAUCAAGAAAAUGGUCAAGUUCAACUUCCUGAAUCCCUUGCUUGUGUUGCUUGUUCUGUUUCCAUUCUUGGGACCACUUUUUGAGAAGAUGGAUUUGUCAUUCUUCCCUGCUGAUGUGAUGACUUUCUUCUACAGCUUUCUGGAGAAGAUCAAAUCAGACCGGCAUAAGAAUGACCACAAAAGCCGAGUGGACUUCAUGCAGUUGAUGGUUGAAGCUCAGAUUUCAGAGAACAGCAAAAAUGAAUCCAGCCCUCAAAAAGGGCUGACUGAUCAUGAGAUCCUUUCUCAGGCCAUGAUAUUCAUCUUUGCCGGCUAUGAGACCAGCAGCAGCUCACUGAGCUUUUUAGCCUACAACCUGGCAACCCACCCUCACAUCCAAAAGACCCUGCAAGAGGAGAUUGACGAAACCUUCCCAGAAAAGGGUCAGCCAACCUAUGAAGCCCUGAUGCAGAUGGAAUACCUGGACAUGGUGGUGAAUGAGUCAAUGAGGCUGUACCCUAUUGCUAACCGAUUAGAGAGAAUGUCCAAGGCUUCUGUUGAAGUGAAUGGUGUGACCAUCCCUAAGGGAACUGUCAUCAUGGUACCAGUUUACACUCUCCACCAUGACCCUGCUUUGUGGCCUGAGCCUGAUGCCUUCAAACCUGAAAGGUUCAGCAAAGAAAACAAAGACAACAUAGAUCCUUAUGCCUUCCUACCCUUUGGAGCAGGGCCAAGGAACUGUAUUGGCAUGCGAUUUGCUCUCUUGAUGAUGAAGCUGGCUGUAGUGGAGAUCCUUCAGAAAUUCAGCUUUGUCACUUGCAAGGAGACAGAGGUUCCACUGGUACUGGCAAAUGAUGGAUUUACCACACCCAAGACUCCCAUCAAGCUGAAGCUAGUGCCCAGAGCAAGUGCAGUUGAACUCUGAUUGUCUGUAACCUAGCAAUUCUCACUUUAGUCACCAAUGUAUGCAGUUACUCUUAUAGAAAAGAAACAUGUAUAUUCUUCUGAAAUAAUGCUUCAAGUACAUUGACAAACCACUCACCCACACACACACUUAGAGUAUAAUGUACCAUUUAAAAGGUAGCACUAGAUAAAUUGGAGCGUAUAUCAAUAGUCUAGUCUUCAUUUAUAGAAUUUAAGUGUUAAGAGUUCUUUUCUUUUUCAACCUGAGAAAAUCUUACAAAGUACAUCAUAUAUAUUGUUUCUUUCUGAUUUAUUGGCAGUUUGUUUUGUAUCGCCAUGUAUUUUAGCAGACAAUUUGUUGUAAUAUUUUUGACAUCUUGAGUAUUAACAAAUACCACCUUGCAAACCUUGUUACCUGUGUGUACAGACAAUAUGCAAUAUGUUAUCACAAUUUGUUGUUUUUGUCACCACUUAGUCAAAUGAACAUGACUGUACUCAUCAGGUUCUGAUCAACACUGACAAACUGCACACAGCUAGCAAGAAUGGCUGAGAGCAUGAAUUUUCUGAAUGAAUUCCCUGCAGAUCACCCCUAAAACCAAGCAUCACCCUACCAAAUAUUAGAUACAAAUGGCAUUAUUAAAUGGUGUGUAUACCUGAGAACUUAAUUGCUACCUCAGGUCCUCUGCUCUAAAGAUCUUGGAUUGUGGUCAGCUUAACUCAAGCUGAAUGGCAACAUAAACUACAAGCUAUCAAUCAAAAGUGCAGAUUUAGUUUUAUACUGAACUGACUGAAUAAUAAACACUCAUGUUUGUCCAA